AUGUAUGAUGGGUUCAAACGCAGUAGAACAGACAUAAAACAAGAACAUCUCGUUUUAACAGUACUGGGAUCUCGAUCUCAACCCAGAUCUUGGAGAAGGGUCGAGAACCCCCCUGGAGAGCCUUACACAGAUGUACAAGGCGGAAUUUGCAUCAAUGGUUCUAUAUACUACGGAGUUGGAGAUACCAAGAAGAUAGCUGAAUUCGACCUUAGAUCCGAGAGAAUGAUGUUUAUUAACGCACCAGCGAAAGACGAUAUCAAAAGUUGGAACUUUAUAAAUCACCAAGGAGAAUUAGGAGUAAUAAAGUGUGAUUACUUGUAUAAUGAGAUGCGUGUGUGGAUUCAAGAGAAAGAGGAGUUGUGGAAUAACAUGGCUUGUGCCGUGCCUUGUGAGUGGGGAGCUUUACUUAGGGAUAAGAGACCAUCUUGUCCGGGAGAGAUUCAUACCGGAGAAGUUAUGUUGGUCUCGAACCGGUUAGAAUCAUCUAAGCCUUUCUCUGUUUUCUAUUGCGAUGUGAGCCAAGAGAGUUGCAGAAGUGCGCAAGUCGAAGGGAUCGCCGAUGAUUGGUUUAGAAGCUUCCAUGGAAUUGGGAAGCAAGAUCGUGAUACCUUUUGUUUUCCAGGUUUUAAAGUGGUAAUCGUAGACAGUAUCAUGUUUGAUUUCCGUCAGGACUUUGAUGACUUAGUCCAGAGGACACGAGCGAUAACUGGUCUCAUUCGUGCACCAACCGAGUCAUUCUGUAUUGGAACGAAUCCUUUGCCAAAGAUUCUAUGUGGUUGUCCGAUCCUCGAAAGCUUAAGAUUGUAUGGCCUCACUCAGCUAAAUGUUCUUGAUCUCAGCAAGUCACUGCGUCUGAGAGUAUUAGAAAUCCAUCUUUUCGGGGUUAAAGGGCCAAUACAUAUUGUGGAACCAUUUAUACAUUACCUCAGUUUGACAAGCACUCAGUUACCUUGUACCUUAGUUGUUGUCUCGUCGUUAACCAAAGUUAAACUAGACUUUUACUUCACUUCAUUCACGGAACUGCUCGAUGCUGAUGAUUUUCUUCAAGUCCUGGCGCUAGAGAUGCUAGAGAAGUUGAAGAAUGUAGAGAAGCUUACUUUUGGGGAAAACUUUCUUAAGAUUUUAUCCCUUGUCGAACUCCGAGGUGUUUCUUUUCCGAUAUUAAAGGCUCAAGUUUUGACGCUCAAGACAAAUUUCUCCCAGUAUGUAAUGCAUGGGAUAGUAAGGGUGCUACAAAACUCACCUGAACUAAUGAAGCUAACCCUAAAACAUAAAUCGAACCGUGGCAUGAGCAUCAUACCGGACAAGCAUCUUGACUACUACUUGUAUUCGCAUAGUUUGAAUCUGAAUCGAUACAGGGUCCUUAGGAAAACUUGGCCACUAGAGUCAAAGCAUGUGGCUUCGUUCAUGAAAAUUUUGCUGGAAAACACAAAGAGAUUAGAGAAGAUGGUCGUAAUUGGACUGAAAGAUUAUCAAAAAGGAAGAUUUUUUAAAGAGUUGCUUCAAAUGGUUCCAGUGCUCUCACACGACAACAUGUAG